AUGCCGUAUUGGACGAUCGAGCUCGCGCGCAAGCCCCUCUACCAAGCGCAAGCGGAGAAGUUUCUCUUCUUCUGGCCGCUCGCCUCCAACGAGCUGCAGUUUCCCAAGCACACGUGCAUUCGUUUCCACCGCGUCUACCUUUUCGUCGCGGUCUUCCUCGUCCAGUAUUGCGCGGGCUCGCUCUACGCGUUCAUGGCCCUUCAGAACCCCAUCAACAUUUACUUUGGGUUCCCCGGCGACGACAGCGCGGCCGCCGGACUCAUCUUGGCCACGGGUUGCAUUGGUAUUGUUCAGCAGAGCACGCUGGGUCCGCUCCUCGAACGCCAAGGCCCGCGCUGGGGCAUGGCUAUGACCACGCUCUCCCUUGCGCUCUGCCUCGUUUGCAUGCUCAUCGCUGUGCACAUUAUGUCAUGGCCGCUCUUUUGUACCGCGAUGCUCGGUGUGUCACUCUCGUUCAGCGCCUUUUUCGUCCUCUCGGUCUCGAUUGCAAUGAAGUGGUGCCCCGACGCCCGGGGCACCGUCGCUGGCGUCUGCCUCGUUGGCUUUGGCGUCGGCAAGGGCAUUUGGGCGUUUUUGUACUGCGCCAAGACGGGCCACGAGGGCAUCGAUAUGAAGCGCAUUUUUGCGCUCUUCCUUCUCACUCUACUGCCGACGAUGACAGUCGCGACACUCGUCAUGCGGACGCCGCCGUCCAAUUUUCGCGUCGCCGGCUACGACAUGCACUGCAUUCCAUCGGUGAAAGCGCCCGACGUGGACCUUGUUCAAGACGAGUACCUCCGGAUUGGCAUGACCCUCGUCAACUACGAAGCCGUCGCGCGCCAUAGCGAGUCGACGAUCCAAGAGGGUACCGACCGCCGGUACUAUGAGCAAGUCAAAGCCAUGUCGCUGCCCCAGUGCAUCUUUUCGAUCGACUUUGUCUGCCUCCUCCUCGCGCAAUUGUCGACUUGCAUGGUGGGCCUCUUCUACAACAACUUGACAGGUGCGACGACGUCCGGGACACAGCUCCAAGCCAUUUACCACAUCUCCAACGACGCCAUGACGACCCUCCACGUCCAUGGUCUGGUCGCCGACCUCCUCGGCCGCCUCGUGCCCGCGAUUCUAUCGGACGUUGGCAUUCGCGUCUUUUACGCCAACCCCGCGGCCGUGCGAAAAGUCUUCUUCACAAGUAUUCUCAUGCUGCAGUGCAUAGCGAUUCCUGUCGCGUACCUCGAGUCGGACAAGCUGACGCAUUUUGCGCACGUCGAGUGGCUUCUCUACGUGCUCCAGUUUGCCUCGAACGCGGGCGCAUCGCUGCUCGUGUGCCAUCUCACCGAUUUGUUUGGCGUCUACCAUAUCGGCACCAUGUACGGCCUCUCGUCGAUGACGUGGGCGGUUGGCCAAGGUCUUCUUCUCGCGACGACUGGCAACGACAUGACGGCACUGGCCUUUCAAGCCCAGCUCCUCUGGUGGCUCUCGCUCGGGGGGCUUUUAAUGAUGUUUUUUUGUGCGCGCCGACUCAGCCGACCGCGACCGUGGAAAGAACCAGCGCAGCGCCAAGGCACGAUUGACAUUUGCGCCGACGUCACCAACCUGGAUGCGAUUCGAGCCUCGAUCCCGUACCUCUGUGCUCUAGACUCGCUCAGUGACGACUCGUUUGGGGACGACGUCUCGCCCUGA